AUGCUCACCUUCCUUGCUGUCAGCGCUCUUUCUCCAGCGGUGUUAGGGUGUCUCCGUCGUCUCCAAGUCAGCACCACCACGUCGCCUCCUGCCACCACGACUCCAACAAGUACGGUCGACAUUGCCACUUUGCAGAACACUUGUGAUAUCUACUGCCAGGGGCUCAAUGGUGGUGCCUCUUAUUGUAAACUGGAUUUGAGCCCACCGAUUUGUCAUGGGGGAGAUCAGCCUUGUGGUACGGUCGCUAUCUGCGGUCCUCCUGUAACAGUUACACCGACUGAUGUGGUUCCUACUGGUGAUGGAACGUAUGAGCCAGCCUGUGACACGAUGUGCCAGAGUCUCAAUGAUGAGGCUUCGUAUUGUAAGUGGUGGCUCCCUCGUCCAACCUGCCUCGGUGGCGAUCAGCCAUGCGGUGAUCAAACUAUCUGUACUUCCCAGACGUGGCCUCCUGCCCCCACACCGUCUCUUCCAGCUGGUGCCCACCCUCAUGAGUCUGCCCCUUGCAACGAAUAUUGCGUCGGCCUUAAUGGACCAUCUUCGUUCUGUAAGUGGUGGAAGAAUGAGCCUGUCUGUCAGGGAGGCGAUCAGCCCUGUGGUGUAUCGGAUUGUCCUACCGGUACCCUUGCUCCCACUGGAGGCCCUCCGGACUCCCAUGCUGGCCCUAGUCCAAACUGCAAUGCGUACUGUGCCGCAAUGAACCCUGGCCUUUCCGGUGAUCGCGUGUCGUACUGCAAGUGGUGGCUGUAUGUGCCAGCCUGUUACGUUGGUGAUCAGCUCUGCGGCCCCAGCGUCUGCAGCGAUUACGAGGACACUACAACUCCGACUCCUGACACUACCACGGCGGCGACGUCUACCGUUACGACGUCUACUGAUCAGGUGACGACAACCACUACUCAGACGCCGCCCUAG